AAUCCCAGAUCUUUCUUUUUCUCUGGCUCUCUUUGGUCAGCUCAUCAGCCAAGCCAGCCACUAUGCCGACUGAUGCCCAAACUGAUGCUCGCUCCUUCUUGAGCGAGGAAAUGAUUGCGGAGUUCAAGGCUGCCUUCGACUUGUUUGACACAGAUGGAGGCGGUGAUAUCAGCACCAAGGAGUUGGGUCAAGUCAUGAGAAUGUUGGGUCAGAACCCAACCAGAGAAGAACUGGAUGCCAUUAUUAUAGAGGUUGAUGAGGAUGGCAGUGGAACCAUCGACUUUGAGGAGUUCUUAGUCAUGAUGGUGCAGCAGCUGAAAGAGGACCAGGCUGGAAAGUCAGAUGAGGAGCUGUCGGAAUGUUUCCGUGUGUUUGACAAGAAUGGGGAUGGGUGGAUUGACCGUGAGGAGUUUGGUGACAUCAUGCGCGCCACUGGAGAACCAUUGAUGGAGGAAGAAGUGGACGAAUUGAUGGCUGACGCAGACACAAACAAAGAUGGCAAGAUCGAUUUCGAUGAGUUUCUGAAAAUGAUGGAGAACGUCCAGUAAGAGAAAAAACACAUUCCUUCAUGCCCCAUUCUUGACAAGAGGCUGUGGUGAAAAAACAGAGAACUAACACCUUGGAUACUAAUGAAAGAAGAAUGAAGAUUGUAGGAAAAUCAGCAGCCGAUGGUGAUAAAUCGACCAUAUAUUCUACUGUCAACACUUUUCUGGAGAUGGCUGCUGGUGGACAUCUAUAAAUAGCUAUGUGAAACCCUUGAAGUGGACAGCUAACACCCCCCCCCCCCCCCCUUCCCCAAUCUACUCCCAUUCCUCCUCCUCCCAAUGCACCCUUGAGACUUUCCCUCCCACCCCUUGCCCCUCUCUCUCAGCUGUCUUCUUCCACACCUGCUCCUUCUGGAAAGAUACCCGCCUACCCCAUCCCACCCCUUAUUUGAGUCUCCUCUUGGGCCCUCAUCGUGUGCCCCACCCUCUGUAAAAUGUUUCAAAAUAAACCAGCUUCCAUCUUUGCCUCAGAA